UCACGUGCGGUAGCCCGUUCCUGGUUGGCAAUAGGCGACUUCACCAAUCAGUUUCCCUUCAUUCAUCUCUUGCUUGUCGUUUUCCAGCGUGAUUUUCCAGAGUUCGGUUCCAAGUCUAUCUAUCAUCGUACCAUUUCAUCCGUAUUGUUGACGUUUCUCGUGCGCUCAAUUACUCUUGGACCCAGCAGGAGCAGCGGCCAGCCACCACGAGGAUACAAGUGGCCAAUCUCUCCGCUUUAUCCGGUCCACAGCCCCCUCCUAGGCACUAUCGACGAAGUACCUAGUCAUCCAUCACUCCGACCGGUGUCUAUUAAUUCUCAAGAGUUUCUGCAAAUAAGUCAACAUCAAUCAGAGAUCCUUCACGCCACAAAUCACCAUGUCGAACCCGUUGGACACCGAUGCCGGCUCGGAGCUCUUCAGCAGUUACGAGACCGAGUUGAAGCUGGUCCAGGCAGACCUCAACCAGAAAUUAGAUCAGAUCUCAGAGUCGAGCGGUGAACAACGAAAGUCUGCCAUCCGACAGGCGGAAAGAGCAUUGGACGAGGCUACGGAAUUGUUGGAUCAAAUGCGCAUGGAAAAGCAGAACAUUCCCUCAUCCGCCCGCUCAAAGAUCAACACCCGAGUCCGCAAUUACGCGACGGAUAUUGACGAGGCCAAGCGCAAGUUGCGGUCUCUCUCGGAUGAUCGCAAAGCCCUCUUCGGCGACCGGUACACAGAUGACCCGCAGGAUCAGCAUCUGGAACAGCGACAGCAGCUUCUGUCUGGCACGGAACGUCUGGAGCGCAGUUCUGCCCGGCUCCAGGAGAGUCAGCGCAUCGCUCUUGAGACCGAGGACAUCGGCCGCAACACAUUGGCUGAUUUAAAUCAGCAGCGGGAGACUAUCAUCAAUGCCCGGGGUCGACUCUUGGAGAGUGAAGGCUAUGUGGACACCAGCAUCAAGACCUUGAGGGGCAUGGCCCGUAGGAUGGCUACGAAUCGGCUAAUCACCAUUGCGAUCAUUACCGUGCUGAUUCUUCUGAUUUUCGCUGUGAUCUAUAGCAAGUUCCACUGAGCGCGGGUUUCCAGUAGGCGUUACCAUGGGAUGAUUAUUUUGCCUUUGGAGUACUUUGUUAACGACAUAUACAAGUCUGACGACGCAGACUUUCCCACGGAAUCUUGUAUGAUAGCAAACCUUAGCUCUAAUCAAAGACCGUUGCGUCCAUG